AUGUGAACUAACGCAGUCAAUUAAAAAUAUAUUAGAACAUGGGAAAAGCUGGUACCGAUAGUAACAAUAUAUAAAAGAACUUUUUUAAUCCUACGAUCAUAUCGAAUUUUGACCUACAGCAAUAUUCAGCAAUGAUGAAAUUUGUACUCAUUUCCGUGCUUGUAGCACUUGCUGUUGCUGAUCCUCAGCCAGGUGCGGUAGAAGUUUUGGGAGGACUGGGGAAAACUGUAAAUGGAGCUGUAGAUGCUACUGCUAGAGGAGCCAAAAGCCUUUUUGGAAUUGAAACGCCAAAAGUCGCUGUCAACCUAAAUGUGUGUGCUGCAUCUAUACCUUCAAUUUAUCAGUUCUAUGCUGCACUUGGAGUUAGACUGGUUCCUAACACCUAUUGGUGUACCUGCCCACCAGGUUACAACUAUCUGAACGUACCAUUUACUGUAACCACGUCUUAAGAUGAUGUUCUUGAUUGUCAAUAUAAUUUGUUUAGAAUUAAACUUAUAGAAAAAUUAGA